GAAAAAAAAAAAAAAAACAGGUUUCGGCUUGAACAGAAGUUUCGCCGGGCGUAAUUCACGCUGCGUUGAGAAGCGAGAGAAACCUCCUAAUCAGCAAAGGGGAGGAAAUGAACCUAGCAAAGGAUUCGUUCCGUUUCUCUCUUCCCCUUUCCGCUGCGUGCUUAUCUGAAAUUUAACGCGCCUUUAUCAAACUCGGAUAGCCAACCAAAUUUCCAGACGUUCUCAAUUUCCACUGGGAGCUGCUGAUCUGAAUCUGAUUGGGCGCUUUGCUGCUCGCGAAUAUCUUUCGGAUCCGCCCAAAAAAAUCAAUAUCGAAAUAAAAAGGAAAAAUGCUGCGUUUGAGAGCGUUCCGGCCGACCAACGAUAAAAUCAUAAAGAUUCAGUUGCAUCCAACACAUCCAUGGCUAGUAACGGCUGAUGCAUCAGAUCACGUCUCUGUUUGGAAUUGGGAACAUCGCCAGGUGAUUUACGAGCUGAAAGCUGGCGGUGUUGACGAGCGCCGUUUGGUUGGUGCCAAGCUGGAGAAACUUGCUGAGGGGGAAUCAGAGCCUAAAGGAAAACCCACAGAAGCCAUGCGGGGGGGAAGUGUUAAGCAGGUGAAUUUUUAUGAUGAUGAUGUACGCUUUUGGCAACUUUGGCGUAAUCGUUCUGCUGCUGCCGAGGCUCCAUCAGCUGUCAAUCAGGUCACCUCAUCUUUUAGUUCUCCAGCUCCAUCAACAAAAGGAAGACAUUUUCUUGUAAUUUGUUGUGAGAAUAAAGCCAUAUUCUUGGACUUGGUGACAAUGCGCGGACGUGAUGUACCAAAGCAAGAUCUGGAAAACAAGUCACUUCUGUGCAUGGAGUUCCUUUCUAGAUCAGCUGGUGGUGAUGGCCCUCUUGUUGCUUUUGGUGGAUCUGAUGGUAUCAUAAGAGUUCUUUCAAUGAUUACGUGGAAGCUCGUGCGAAGGUACACUGCAGGUCAUAAAGGAUCGAUUUCUUGUUUGAUGACCUUCAUGGCUUCUUCUGGUGAGGCACUUCUGGUCUCAGGUGCUAGUGAUGGUUUUCUUGUACUUUGGAGUGCUGACCAUGGUCAAGAUUCACGAGAACUUGUACCCAAACUAAGCUUAAAAGCACACGAUGGUGGGGUUGUGGCAAUCGAACUUUCUAGAGUGAUUGGAGGUGCUCCACAGCUUAUUACAAUUGGUGCAGAUAAGACAUUAGCGAUAUGGGACACAAUCUCUUUCAAGGAGUUGCGGCGUAUUAAACCUGUUCCAAGAUUGGCUUGCCAUAGUGUGGUAUCUUGGUGUCACCCUCGGGCUCCAAACCUUGAUAUUCUAACUUGUGUGAAAGAUUCCCAUAUUUGGGCCAUUGAACACCCCACUUACUCAGCUCUCACGAGGCCAUUGUGUGAACUUUCCUCACUUGUGCCUCCACAAGUACUUGCACCUAACAAGAAACUUAGGGUUUAUUGUAUGGUAGCACAUCCUUUACAGCCGCACCUUGUUGCUACCGGAACCAAUAUUGGUGUUAUCGUUAGCGAGUUUGAUGCUAGAUCUCUUCCAGCUGUAGCUCCCCUACCAACACUAUCAGGAAGCCGAGAACAUUCUGCUGUAUAUGUAGUUGAAAGAGAAUUAAAGCUACUAAAUUUUCAUUUGUCCAAUACAGCAAAUCCAUCACUUGGAAAUAAUAGCUCCUUAUCAGAAACAGGAAGGUAUAAGGGAGAAACAUUCGAACCUUUGCCUGUCAAGCAGGUUAAAAAGCACAUCAGCACUCCUGUUCCCCAUGAUUCAUAUUCAGUUCUUUCUGUAAGCAGUUCAGGGAAGUAUCUUGCGAUUGUGUGGCCUGAUAUCCCUUACUUCUCUAUCUACAAGGUUAGUGACUGGUCGAUUGUUGAUUCAGGAAGUGCAAGGCUUCUUGCAUGGGAUACUUGUCGUGACAGAUUUGCUAUAUUGGAAUCUACGUUACCUCCUAGAAUUCCCAUAAUUCCUAAGGGGGGUUCAUCAAGAAAAGCAAAAGAAGCUGCUGCAGCUGCUGCGCAAGCUGCUGCUGCAGCUUCUUCUGCUGCUGCUGCAGCUUCUGUUCAAGUUCGUAUCUUGUUGGAUGACGGGACAUCAAACAUAUUAAUGAGGUCUAUAGGUGGCCGCAGUGAACCUGUCAUCGGGUUGCAUGGGGGGGCACUACUUGGUGUUGCCUACCGAACGUCUAGGAGAAUUAGCCCUGUUGCUGCCACAGCUAUUUCAACAAUUCAGUCAAUGCCCUUAUCAGGAUUUGGAAGUAGUUCAUUUGCUACUUUUGAUGAUGGAUUUUCUUCUCAUAAAUCUCCAGCUGAGGCAGCAGCACACAAUUUUCAGCUCUACAGUUGGGAGACUUUUCAACCUGUGGGUGGUCUUCUGCCACAACCAGAGUGGACUACAUGGGACCAAACUGUUGAGUAUUGUGCUUUUGCAUAUCAACUGUACAUUGUCAUAUCUUCUUUGCGGCCUCAAUAUAGAUACCUCGGAGAUGUUGCAAUUCCCUAUGCUACUAGUGCCGUUUGGCAUCGAAGACAGCUGUUUGUUGCUACACCAACUACCAUCGAAUGUGUGUUUGUGGAUGCUGGAGUGGCGCCUAUCGACAUAGAAACAAGAAAGAUAAAAGAGGAGAUGAAACUGAAAGAGGCUCAGUCUAGAGCCAUUGUUGAACAUGGAGAGUUAGCACUAAUCACAGUGGACGGUCCCCAAUCUGUUGCACAAGAAAGAAUAUCAUUGAGGCCCCCAAUGCUACAGGUGGUGCGAUUAGCUUCUUUUCAGCACGCUCCUUCUGUUCCACCUUUCUUAUCUUUGCCUAAACAAUCUAAAGUUGAUGGGGAAGAUGUGGCUAUGAUGAAAGAAAUGGAAGAUAGAAAGGCUAAUGAGAUAGCUGUUGGUGGUGGAGGGGUAUCAGUGGCUGUUACUCGUUUUCCAUCAGAGCAGAAACGGCCAGUUGGACCGUUGGUUUUGGUGGGUGUGAGAGAUGGAGUUCUUUGGCUAAUUGAUAGGUACAUGUGUGCCCAUGCCUUAUCUCUUGGCCAUCCUGGCAUUCGCUGCCGGUGUCUUGCUGCCUAUGGAGAUGCUGUUAGUGCAGUGAAAUGGGCAAGUCGGCUUGGCAGAGAACAUCAUGAUGACUUAGCACAAUUUAUGCUAGGGAUGGGAUAUGCUACUGAAGCACUUCAUUUGCCUGGAAUAUCUAAAAGGCUGGAGUUUGAUCUGGCCAUGCAGAGCAGUGAUUUGAAAAGAGCUCUUCAGUCUCUCCUUACAAUGAGCAAUAGCAGGGAUAUGGGACGAGAUUCUGCUGGACUUGAUUUGAAUGACAUUAUCAGUUUGACAGCUAAGAAAGAAAACGUUUUGGAAGCUGUUCAAGGAAUAGAAAAAUUUGCAAAGGAAUUUCUGGAUCUUAUUGAUGCUGCAGAUGCUACUGCACAAGGUGAAAUAGCUGGUGAAGCUCUUAAGAGGUUAGCUGCUGCAGGUGCAGUAAAAGGAGCUUUACAGAGUCAUGAGUUAAGAGGACUAGCUUUGCGUCUUGCUAAUCAUGGAGAAUUGACACGUCUGAGUGGUUUGGUAAACAAUCUGAUCUCAGUUGGCUUGGGGCGGGAAGCAGCAUUUUCAGCUGCAGUUUUGGGAGACAAUGCUCUCAUGGAAAAGGCAUGGCAGGAUACAGGGAUGCUUGCCGAGGCCGUGCUUCAUGCACAUGCCCAUGGGCGACCAACACUGAAGAAUUUGGUUCAGGCUUGGAACAAAAUGCUGCAGAAGGAGGUUGAGCACACCCCAUUAGCACAGACUGAUGCUGCAGCUGCAUUCCUGGCUUCCCUUGAGGAACCCAAGCUUACAAGUUUGGGAGAAGCAGGGAAGAAACCGCCGAUUGAAAUUCUUCCUCAUGGGAUGGCAUCUCUAUCUGUUUCUACUUCACUUCAGAAAAAACCGGCUCCCACUAAUCAGAGUUCACAGUCACAACCAGGAAAGCAAAUGCUAUUAGAAGCACCUCCUGCUACCACACCUGUAAGUACUCCACUCCAAUCGGAAUCCACACUGGCACCAGUGAGUGUUCCACUCCAGUCGGAAUCCAUUUCUACUUCCGCAAGUCCUGCACUAGAGUCAGAGUUGUCCACGCUGUCACCUAUGAGUGCUUCCUUGCAAUCAGAAUCAAGUGAACCUGGUUCAGACAAUAGAACCCCUGGAGCAUUGUCAGUGAGUAAUCCAGAUUCAAUUGCUUCGGGGCCAACAUCUACAACUAAUUCAACACUGGCAGAGGCACUGCCCCAGAUUCCAGAGAUUCAGGAGACUAAUAUUCCACCUACAUAGCUGGUGAGUGACCCUCUUGCUUGAAUCGCAGAUCCUCCCAACCUGUUGAUAUCAGCAUAGAGCAGAAGAUUUAUGCCGAGCGUCCUGGAGGACCAUUGCCUAUCGUAUAAAGUAAUCUUUGUGUUGUCUGAUGUAAUUGGGAGAGCAAAGCAGGAAAUUCAUCUUCAAGUCUCAGGCUUAUCUAUAUUUCUGGAACUUACUAUAACUUCUUUAAUCUGGUCUAACUUUUUUUUUUCUCUGGCAAGUGGUGAUCUUCAUUGAAAAACAAAGAGUAAUACAUACUUAAGUCUGAAAUUUAAAACACAAUAUUAUACAGGUGGAUCCUUCCCACUAUGAAAUUCCAGUAGGCAUUGUGGUAUUUUUAUUAGGGGAAUGCUUCCAUAGAAGUUGUUUGAAGUUUCCUAUUGCGUAAUAAAAUGCGCGCAUCGAUUCUGGAACCGUUGUAUUUUGACUGUUGUCCAGCUUUCAAAGUCUUGGAGCAAGAAGUUUGUCUCUGGUUAUGCCUUAAAUUGUCGUCUGAAAAUUUGUUGUGACUUGUCCAAAGCUGAGAUGACUUCUUGGGAGUCUCCUUCAAUGAUUAUCUUAUAUUGCUGUAGAUGAGCCUCCUGAACUCCAAUGAAUGCUGCCAAUGCUUCUCCUUGA